UCGAGUAUUCGUUCUAUGUAUUCUUUAAAUCAUAACAUUGUUUUUUGUAUUGCUUAUCGGAUAAAUAACAUACGUGAGAGUACUUUUCUGUUUAUUGUCUAUAAUUUGUUAUAUAAUAUAUUAUUAUAAUUAACAUAUGAUAUAUUACUCUGCGGUAAAUAACAGUUGGCAGUGUAAAGUAGAUUAAAGAUGUUUAAUCAAAGCGGGGGACUACAAACUGGCACGUCGACUACUUCUAACCCAAUGCAGGAUUAUGAGGUUGUCUCCCCACCUGAUGAUUCUGUCUCCAGUCUCGCAUUUAGUCCUGCUUGUAUUCCACAAAAUUUCCUCGUUGCUGGCUCUUGGGAUUACAACGUUCGCUGUUGGGAAGUCGAGCAAUCUGGUAAAACUGUUCCUAAAUCAAUGCAAUCCAUGGCUGCUCCAGUUCUUGAUGUUUGUUGGAGUGAUGAUGGAACGAAAGUAUUCAUGGCAGGUUGCGACAAAACAGCAAAAUGUUGGGAUUUAGCUUCCAAUCAGAGUAUUCAAGUAGCACAACACGAUGCACCUAUUAAAACUUGUCAUUGGAUUAAAGCAACCACAUAUUCAUGUCUUAUGACUGGUUCUUGGGAUAAAACCUUAAGAUUUUGGGAUCUGCGAAGUCCUAAGCCAGCAAUGACUAUAAAUUUAAUUGAAAGAUGUUACUGUGCUGAUGUUGAUUAUCCAAUGGCAGCAGUAGGAACUGCUGGACGUGGAUUGAUAGUUUAUCAAUUGGAAGGCAGUCCUCGAGAGUAUAAGACGGUAGAACUAAACUUAAAAUAUCAGUAUCGAUGUAUCGCGAUUUUUAGAGAUAAAAAGAAAGUUCCAACUGGUUUUGCAAUUGGCAGUACAGAGGGUCGUGUAGCCAUACACCAUCUGAAUCUAGGUUCAAAAGAAAACUUCACUUUCAAAUGUCAUAGAACAAAUGGAACCCCUAAUGGAUACCAAGAUAUUUAUGCAGUAAAUGAUAUCGCAUUUCAUCCGGUUCAUGGUACUAUUGCAACCGUCGGAGGUGACGGUACGUUUGGAUUUUGGGACAAAGAUGCUAGAACUAAACUGAAGUCUUCAGAACCUAUGGAGCAACCAAUUACUCGAUGUUGUUUCAAUCACAAUGGACAAAUAUUUGCAUAUGCAGUGUCAUACGAUUGGUCAAAAGGUCAUGAAUACUAUAAUCCAGCAAAGAAGAACUCUAUAUUCCUUAGACCCUGCUUUGAAGAACUAAAACCUAAAGCGUCGCCAUAAGAGGAACACUAUACAAUCAGGCUAAAAGGUUUCUGAAUUCUGUGAUGUUUUAAGAUAAUAGAUUUUAUAAUUACAGAAUAUACUGUUUACAUUAAUAAAUUAUAGCUUUCCUAUCUUCUUUUUAGUUAUACAAGUUUUUCAAUGAUAUUUCAUUAUAAUACAUUGUAAAUAGUUUCGAUAUACAAUACAAUUGUAGUUUACAUUUUUCAUCAUAUAUAUAUUUGACUAUUUUUCACACAAGCUCAUUGUACAAAGAUGUAUAUACAUACGAGAAGAGUCUUGUUCUUUUUUCACGAGUAUAGAAAUGUAAAAAAAUAAUUCCGAUAAAAACUCUUACAAUAUCUUGAAACUGACACGAAAAAUUAAGCUAUUCUUUUUUGUUUAGUUAGUGUUUCUUGAAAUAAAAAUGAUCAAUGCAUUUUAAUCCUUUAAAUGAAUUAGCAUUAUCAAUUUUAAAAACAUUUGUUGAAAUUAAAAAUUGGACAAAAAGAUUGUUGACUUUUAAAUAUGUUUUUUUCUAUUGAAUUGCUGACACAUGUUAAUAGCAAAAAGUAAAUUUAUACUUCUAUUGUUUGUAUAUCAUUUUCUACUUUAAAAAGGAAAAAAGGUGAUUGAAUAAGAAAUAUCUUAAAAGAGAAAACAUCUCACUCAUAUGGAUUUCCCAUAUUUCAUCUUCGAUCAACGUGACUCUUAUGGUAACCUUUAUACUUUAUAUAUGUAUAAUUACGUGAUUUAACGUUUAUUAAAAUGCUAUGCUAUCAAAGGUGUCUUCUUAUGUAAUUAAAAAAAAAAAAAAGACACAAUCGUUUUUAUAAGAAAUACAACAUUUAGUUUAUUUUGCGAAUUCCUAAGCAAUAACUCCCUAACAAUAUCGCGAAAAAGAGUCCGAUGGAUCUAUGUAUUUCUUCAACGUAUAUUGUCCUAUUCGAUGUGUUUACAAAAAUUAACAUCUGCUCGAUUGCGAGAGUCCCGUUACACGUUUCCCCAGAGAAGAAACGUUUGGAAAUUGAAACUAAUUAAAGGAAGUUUAAGGAUAUUAAAAGUUUGGAGAGUUGGGCGAAUUGGACGUGAUUUUGCGCUAUAUAUCCAGAGGAAAAAGUAAAGAAAAAGGAAAAGAACGUUACAUGACUUCCUUUUUAACAUCACAUUUCUCAAAUGAUUAAUAUUAAAACGAUAUUAAUUAAUGAUUAUUACUAUCGAUUAAGAAUUAGAUAAUAUAAUUAUUAAUACUAAUAGUGUACAACCAUACGUUUUUUUUCCUGCGGGCGUUAAGGAUAUAACAUCGUGAAAUAUUCUUCUUUUCCUCAUAUUUAGGCUCGUGUCUAAUUGGUUUUUUGAAUAUUACUCUCUGUUUCGCAUUCGUUCAUUUUACAUACACACCCACUCACACUGUUACAUACAAUACGUUUCUUUUUCUUUCUUUUUGUUUUUUUUUCUUGUCUCACGUACAGAUUCUAGGUUUCUGGCAGCUUUUUCUUACGCAUAAUAUGAAAUAAACACGUACUCGAAAUACAGGCACACUUCUCCAUCACUUUUUCAUUUGCCUUUCUUCGUCAUGGCAACAAAUCGUUUCUGCCUUUUUUCUUCUCUACCCAUAUGUUUGAAUUCUGCUUUAAGAGUAGAGCCGCUCUGAGUCGCAAUUAUAUUACAUAUUUAUUCCAUCCCGCUGCAUCCUCUUUUUUCAUUUUUUCUCUAACGACGAAUUACAUUGAAUUCUUAUUCGUUAUCUCUUAACUGUUAAGAUCCUUAACUAAAGUGUCCGAUUUUUUAAGUCUUCCUUUCCAUCAGGAAUUAUCAUUAAGCUCUGCAUCUCCCUCGUUUUUUUUUUUUUUUUUUUUUUUUAAAGAUCAUU